ACUAAAGUCCAUCUAACUUGUAAGCCAUAGACAUCUCGGAUAAUUUCAGUCAUCAAUAAGGAAGUAUAUCAUUAAGAAAUAGUGGGGUAUUUUGAAGAGUUGGAAGACUUACCAUGAAUAUAAACACUUCAAACAGUGCCACUAGUGAUACUCAAAGGUUGAAGAAUGCCUCCUCAGAUGUAAAACAAAUGAUUAAAAAUGAAACAGACUUAGAUAUUACUGCUGAUCUUAGAAAGAAACUCCAUCGGGCUAAGAAAGAAAAAUUAGAAAUGACAACUAAGCACAAUGCAGAGCUGUCAAGCUAUGAGAGCCAGAUUGCCAAGCUGCGGUCUGAGGUUGAAAAAGGAGAAGCACUGCGACAGAGUCUGGAGUAUGACCUGGCUGUUGCUAGAAAGGAAACUGGUCUUGGAAGACGGGCUGCUGAAGAAAGGUUAGCCGAGGCACACAGGAUCCAAGAAGAACUCUACACUCAGAAUUCAGAACUUCAAGAAAAAGCAAAUGAGAUUGAGAAAGUAUUUCAGACUUCCCAGCAGAAAUGGAAAGAAGAAUGCAGGAGAUUUGAACAUGACUUGGAGGAAAGAGAUAGUAUAAUUCAAAAUUGUAAUCAAGGAUAUGAUUUACUUAUGAAGGAAAAAAGUAGACUGGAAAAAACUCUACAGGAAGUGUUGGAAAAACAUCAACUGGAGAAGAGUGAUUUGGAGUCACAUAUCAGAGAGACCGCGCUGGAAGAGUUAAGAUUACAGGCAGAACAAUGGGACACAGAAAGGAGAGAGUUACAAUUCAUAGUACAGGAGCAAGACAGUGCUGUGCAAAGUAUGCAGAAGAAAGUAGCACAGUUAGAGAGAGAACAUACGGAAUGCUCUGACCUUCUACAGAGACAAACGAGUGAACUUGAAUUUAGUACUCAACGAGAGGAACGUCUUAGGAAAGAAUUUGAGGCAACUACCCUGAGAAUGAGGAAAUUAGAAGAAAGCAUUGAAGUGGAAAGAGAAGCACAUUUGGAAUCUAAAUUUAAUUCUGAAAUUAUUCAGUUACGGAUUCGAGACCUUGAAGGAGCUUUGCAAGUAGAAAAGGCUAGCCAAGCAGAAGCUGUUGCUGAUUUGGAAAUGAUCAAGAAUGAAUUCAAGGAAGUUGAAAGUGCUUAUGAGAGAGAAAAGCAAAACGCACAAGAAGGCUUCGCAAAACUAAAUGUGUUGGAAAGAGAGUAUUUCUCCAAAAACAAGAAACUAAAUGAAGAGAUCGAGGAACAGAAGAAAGUAAUUAUGGACCUUUCAAAGAGACUUCAGUAUAAUGAAAAAAGUUGCAGUGAAUUACAGGAAGAACUUGUAAUGGCUAAGAAGCACCAGGCCUUCCUAGUAGAGACAUGUGAAAAUAAUGUGAAAGAAUUAGAAUCGAUCUUGGACAGCUUUACUGUGUCGGGCCAGUGGACAUCAGGCAUCCACAAGGACAAAGGUAAACCUCCGAGCUUCUCUGUUGUCCUUGAGACUUUGAGGCGUACCUUGACAGAUUACCAGAGCAAGCUGGAAGAUGCAUCUAAUGAGCUAAACAACAUGAAUGAUGCGAAGGAAAAGGCAGCUAAUGAACUUGAUUCUACCAAACAGAAGAUUGACUCUCAUACUAAAAAUAUAAAGGAACUUCAAGAUAAACUGGCUGAAGUCCAUAAAGAGUUAAGUCACUUACGCACUAAGUGUGCAGACCGAGAGGCUUUAGUAGGCAGUUUAAAAGUAGAACUGCAAAAUGUGCUGCACUGCUAUGAGAAGGAAAAGUCACGAGCAGCCCAGUGUGAAAGCGAAUUGCAGCAGCUUUCCCAGGCUUUCCAGAAGGACACUGAGGAGAAGCUAACCUUCCUUCAUACUUUGUAUCAGCACUUGGUAGCAGGCUGUGUGCUCAUGAAACAACCAGAAGGCAUGUUGGAUAAAUUCUCUUGGUCUGAGCUUUGUGCAGUCUUGCAGGAGAAUGUUGAUGCCCUCAUUGCAGACCUCAACAGGGCUAAUGAGAAGGUGAGCCAUCUAGAGUACAUCUGUAAGAACAAGUCAGACACAAUGAGAGAGCUUCAGCAGACCCAGGAGGACACCUUUAACAAAGUGGCUGAACAGAUCAAAGCCCAAGAGAGUUGCUGGCACAAACAGAAGAAGGAACUGGAACUUCAGUAUUCUGAGCUUUUGCUGGAGGUGCAGAAGAGGGCGCAGAAAUUUCAAGAAAUUGCAGAAAAAAAUAUGGACAAACUGAACUGUAUUGAAAAGUCACACGAACAGUUGAUUCUUGAAAAUUCACAUUUCAAAAAUGUGUUGUCAAAGACUCAAAGGGAACAGACAUCCUUGCUGGCAGCCUGUGCAUUGAUGGCUGGUGCGUUAUAUCCCCUGUAUAGCAGAUCGUGUGCCUUAUCUACACAGAGAGACUUUCUCCAGGAGCAGGUCAACACCUUUGAAUUGUUCAAAUUGGAAAUUAGAACCUUAGCCCAAGCAUUGUCGGCAGUAGAGGAAAAGAAGCAAGAGGAAGCCAAGAUGAAGAAAAAAACAUUCAAAGGAUUCAUACGUGUGUUCCGGAAAGGUGUUAUUGUAAUUUUGGCAGCCAACAGACUCAAGAUUUUGGGCCAGUCAUGUGCCUCUCUUUUUACUUGGAUGGAAAGUUUCAAAGAAGGCAUAGGCAUGUUAGUGUGUACAGGAGAGCCCAAAGACAAGCAUAAAUUUCCAAAACAUCAGAAGGAGCAGUCACGUUGCUUACAAGCACUCAGUUGGCUCACAAGUUCUGAUCUUCUUGCUGCGAUAAUCACUUCUAUGGCUGAGUUACAAGAGGUCAUUAGUAAAACAGAUCCAAACUCCAGAAUUUGUGGCCAUUUACUCAUAAGUGCAGCAAAGAGUUCAUUUGCAAAACUCAUGGAUAAAAUUAGUCUGGCAAUGGAGAGUAUACCUCUGCAUUGUGGCAGGAGCAUUACAUAUGUAGAAAAAGAUUCCUUGGUUCAGAGGUUGGCCCGUGGACUUCAUAAAGUGAACACACUGGCCCUGAAAUAUGGUUUGCGUGGCCAUAUUCCCAUUAUGAAAAGCACAGCAUCGUUACAAAAGCAAAUAUUUGGAUUUACACAAAGGCUGCAUGCGGCAGAGGUGGAGCGGCGCUCACUGCGCCUAGAGGUUACGGAGUUCAAACGAAACACGAAUGAAAUGAAGAAGGAGCUUGACAAGGUGCGGGGCCUCCAAAUGCAGCUAAAUGACUGCAAGCACUCUAAACUGAUCACCCAUGAGAAGUUUGAAAGUGCGUGUGAAGAACUAAAUAAUGCAUUACUUCGGGAACAACAGGCACAAGUACUAUUGAAUGAACAGGCACAGCAGCUACAGGAGUUAAAUUAUAGACUUGAAUUGCACUCCACUGAAGAAGCUGACAAAAACCAAACUCUUGGAGAAGCUGUGAAGAGUCUCUCCGAGGCAAAGAUGGAGCUAAGAAGAAAAGAUCAAUCUCUGCGUCAGCUCAAUAGACAUCUUACCCAGCUGGAGCAGGACAAGCGUCGACUGGAGGAGAACAUCCAUGAUGCGGAGAGUGCCCUCCGCAUGGCAGCCAAAGACAAAGAAUGUGUUGCUAAUCAUAUGAGAACAAUAGAAAGUAUGCUUCAUAAGGUCAGAGAUCAGAUCUCGCUGUCACGGAGCGCAGCAAGUAGGAAUGACUUCGCCCUGCAGCUACCCAAACUGCACCUGGAGACCUUCGCAAUGGAGGGGCUCAAGGGCGGGCCAGAGGUUGUAGCAUGCCAGGCUAUGAUUAAAAGUUUCAUGGAUGUCUACCAGCUUGCAAGUGCUAGAAUUGCUACAUUAGAGAAGGAAAUAACAUCUCAUCGAAGUCACAUUGCAACCUUGAAGUCAGAGCUGCACACAGCUUGUUUACGUGAAAAUGAAAGUUUACAAUCAACAGGAUCGAGGGACCACUCAAAUCUCUCCGUUCCUUCAAGAGCUGCUCUCCCCGCUGACACAAUCGGUGUGGGGAGUUUUUUGCCUUUGCAAGCUGAACUUGAUACAACCUAUGCGUUCUUAAAGGAGACGUUCAUAAAAACUGCACCCCAUUCCCUAGCAUCAUCUCACGCCUCUCCAGCAAGCACGUCUGCUAACGCCAAAGGACCAGCGCAGAUUGGAUUAUGACUUUAUGAAACAAAAGUGGAGGAACAGUUAACAGUACAAUUAAAAUUGUUUGAAGGGGGAUUUUCUUAUCAGUUGAAUUUUGUUUCAGCACAAGUGGGAGUGGAUUUUUGAAAAUAUUGUACAAUAUCUUGAUAUGUGCAGGUAUCUGUCUCAAAUAAGAAAAUAACCCACUUUUUCUCUCUAAGUUUUAUUUAUUAUCACAGUUCCUCAUUUUUAUGUAACAUAUUUUUAAAUGUUAAAGAAUGACACAUUUUGGGUAAUUUCCCUCGGACUUAAAAAAAUCAAUAAGCCAUUUUAGUCUCUAUCUAUCAAAGUUGUUUCAUACUUGUCUGUUGUAAAGCAGGACUGCAGUACUUUAAUAGGAUUGAGAGAGCUAUUUGAAAUGUAUGCCAAUGAUUCCUGUCAUUUCAUGGCAGCCCUGCCAUGGUUCACUGAGCCCCUCUUCUCUCUUGUCAGCUCGACGGAAGACAAGCAUUUAGUUGCAAACUUUAAGCAGGUUGUGCAAAACAGAAAUGAUGUGACUGCUUCUCCUCCUGCACAAUAAUGUCACUCCUGGUCAAUGUGAGAAGGUCAGGUUGCUCCUUGUAAAGCUACAUGAUACCACUUGCCCAUUUGAACAAGUUAAGUUAACUGCUGAAUCUGGUCCCUGCAGGCAUUGAAAACUCAUCCUUUUAUCAAGUCUGCGUGUGAUAAGAAAGUAGAGCAAUUGUACUGGGGGAAUUUCUGUGGUAUGUUUAGGCACUUUAUAAGGACAGUUCCCACACUAGUAGAGCAGGUAAUCUAUUUAGUACAAACUAAAAAAAUUCCAGGUAAUGACCGUUUUGACCUUCAAAAUAGACUCCGUUUUUGUUUUUGUUGUUGGUAGGACCCAAGAGUGACGCCCAUCUUAGAUGCUGACAGAAUUUAAAACAAGGCCAUUGCCCUGCAUUUUCUGCCUUGUAGCACACAGAAGUAAAAUUGUAUGUCAGGGCGAGAUGUCGGGGAGCUGACAAGAUGCCCCAGUGACAUUUCAGCUAGAAAGAGCAAGUGUCUUGCAACCAAGCGGUCAAAUAUCAAAUAAUAGGUCAAGCAGGAAGGAGCUGAGUUCUAACCACAAAGAGGUUUCUGGUAACUUACUUGACAAGCUUUUGGGCGCUUUGUGGCUUGACAAAGUGAUGUUCUGUUGGGUAUCGCUAGACAGACUGUUCUUUAUCGCCUUCAGAAGAUCAGACGUUGACAUGGAUUAAACUCUUUAACCCUUAAAGGUUAAAUCCUUGCAGUUUGCAUCCUGGUGAGUGAAGAACAAAGGAAUAUUUGUAAUAUGCAUUUAUAUUUGUAAUAUGCAUUUAUAUUUGUUUUAAUCACUUAACUCCCCAGUGAUAGUAACUUCUGAUGUGAACUGUAGUUUUUGACAAAGCAUUUUGUUACAAAAUCUACAUUUUAUACUAUUUUUCACUAUGGAGUUUUUCCAUUGUGGAUACAUUAAAGAUAGCAAUAUAUGUUAUGGAAUCCAUAUUGUUUAUGGUGACAUUUGACUCAGAUAUAUCCAACUUCUGAGAAUUUCUUAUUGGCCUUAAGAAAUGAAAUCUGUACACUAUUUAUGGUGUUAGUCACAUUACCCAAAUGACGGAUGCUGUCUGAGUAAGCAUAUUACUGUCAUACUGUGUAACACAAUAUUAUACGUUAGGCUGCUGAGCCAAUACAAUUUUUGUGUGAAACUUUUUGUAUGACAUAAAAUUCUGUUUUUAACAAAACUCUCUUAAUUCUUUCCUUGGAAUUCUUUUUAAUAUGCCUCAUAUAAUGUAAUCUGUAUGAAACUCAACUUUAUUAUAGUACAGAGUGUGCAUUGAUUGUUUUUGUAUAGAUCAUAGAAUAAUUUCUACACAUUCUUCUGUCAUUCAUACAGUGAUUAGAAUAUUCUCCAUAUGAAAUCAGUAUGUAGUUUUUUAGUUCUUAUGUGAUCAUUGAGAGUCCAUUCUGGCAUUAUAGAAAAGUGUUACCCUGUGUAACUUACAUGUCUGUGUUUGUGUAUGUAUGUUUAUAUUGAAUCUGUUUCCAGGUUCUGCUAAUUUAAGAGGAAUAAGCACCUUUGUGAAAUGUGCCUUGGAAAGGCUUUGGUCUGUUUGCCUUAAUUUUACAGUCUGUUACUGGGAUAACUAUAAAAAUAAAUGUAUGUGUCUCUCCAUA